CAGAUGAAAAAGUCCUCCAGUGACUUGAGUCUCCCUAGAAGAUCCAAAUCGAUUGACCCUCUAGGGGAACUGGUGUUUCAGUUUCAAGAAUCUUCUAGUUCAGCGAAAUCUACAUCUGCUCUGCUCACAGUUGUCGAUGGAAGAGAGGGGAAGAUACUGAGGUUCAUAGACGCACCGAGCACCAGCAGCGGGACAUCAGACUUGUCAGACUAUAUGGACAACUUGUCUAUAUCAUCCUACAGCUCCAACGAGCAUACCAGAACUUCAAGAUGUCCUGUCACAACGCUGAAACCACGUUCUGGAAAGGAGUACCACAAAGUCGGCCAUCUAAGCCUGCAGCCUACAAAAGAGGAUGGGUCUUGUAGUUCCCAGGAUCAAUCGUCCGUGUAGUGGAGAAGAAGAAGAAGACACUGGCUGUGAUAGUUUAGGUUAACGAAAAGUCUUACUUAUUUUCAACCAGCAAUACUUCUUUGGGAUGUAAUUUA